ACAACCGAAGCGCGACCCGACUCGUGCGUUUGGAGAGGUUAUUGUUUUCGGUAUGCAUUUACUUUAGUACGUAAUUUGGUGUAACGAGUAAAUUUGAACUAUGCCAAAAAAGUCGAGAAGACGUCGCGACACAAAAAAGAAGCAAGGCCGGAGGCCACCUGUUAAUGCGAAGCAGGCGAAAGAGAGUAGUGAUGUUCCAAAUGAAAAUUCUAUUGAAGAACAGGACCCUGGGAGUGAACAUUUUCCAGGCAAUAAUGGGUGUGAGACUGAAUCAGUGGACUUGUCUCCUCGAGUCUGCUUGCCAUUUUCACCUGACCUCACAAAUCAUUCGGAGGUAACUGCAUCAGGCACCACUUGUGAAAUGUCUCCAUUUAAUUCUUUUUGCCCUAGUGCAGAAGAGUAUGAUAAAACUGCCAACAUUUCUGAAGCGCUAGAGGUUCAUGAUCAGAAUGUUGUUGAUGAAGUUUCACCGUUCCACAAGACUGAAGUUUUUUCCAUGUGUGGCAAAUCACAAUUGAAUCUCGCUCCAACUGAUAUUCAAAAACAUACUGAAAGGACAAAUACUUCUGAGUUGUCUCCAUCGCAUUUACUUUGCACUCAAGAGCAAGAGGUUGAUUAUCAGAAUGGUGUUCCUGACAUUUUACAAUCACAGCCAUUGUCUUCACCUUCUACUUGUGAUGUUAAAAAGCAUACUGAAACUGCGUACAACCCUGACAUGUCUCCAUUAUAUUUUCCUUAUCCCAAUGAUGAUGAGCUGGCUGCAGGUUAUGCUUCAGAUACUGAUAUACUUCUUAAAGCAAAACAAAAAGUGGAUGCCUUUCUACCUCGAAGAUGGAUAUCAGUAGUUGACAGAGACCACCUACAUGUGAUGUAUUUAUCAAACCAGCAGAGACAAAAGGCAAUACAGCGAUCAUUAGAGUUUGAUAAAGAUGGUGAAGUUAGACUCUUUGUGCACUGUAAACCUUUUGAUGUAACACCUUACCUACCAAAGAGCAAUUCAACUGUGCCACUACCUAUCAACUGGUUUAAUUUAAAUGAAUGUGUAGACAGGAUAGUGUGUAUUGUUAAUAACUUAAGAUCAAUGGAAGUGUGCAGUGGAUAUGAUGAUGAAGUUUAUCAAGAUGUGUGGCAUUCCUGUGAGUAUGGUGAAAUAGAUAAAAAUCCUUAUGAGGAAUGUAGAUAUGUUGAAACAUUUCGGUCUUUAUCUUGUAAGUUGUUAGUUAAAUCCAAUAAGUGGCGGUGUCCUGAAUGCACCAAAAUGCUUAAACCAUUAAAAAGAAGGGCACAUGCAGCAGCUCAAGAGAGUCGACACAAAAACACUCCCAACAUUGCUUUGACUGAAGACCAAAAAUUAAAGAAGUUGAAAGACCAACGCAAGGAAAUAGAUAAUUUGAAAGCUAAACUGUCCCGUGUUCGUGUAAGAAUGCAAGAAGUCAUUAAAAAGGAAAGCUUGCAGCUUGACUAUCAGCUGGCUGAUUCUCUUACAAAUCUUUUGAAUGAAAGUGAUUUAAGUCCUGCUCAGAGUGUUUUUCUACAACAGCAGGUGAAGGCAUCUCAGGUGAAGUCAGCCUCAGGAAUGAGAUGGCACCCAACAAUGAUACGUUUGGCCCUGUCACUCAACAUCACCUCACCAGCAGCCUAUGAGAUGUUACGUAACACAGGUAUGGUGAAACUCCCCUCCAGUCGAACCUUAUUUGAUUAUUCUCAUGCAAGACCUGCUGAGGAAGGCAUUGACAAGGCUGUUUUAGAGAAAUUGGCUGAAACUGUUGAGGAAAUGUCAGAAAAAAUAAAUGCCAAAACUCAAAAGAAGGAAGUGCAUAAGAAAUAUCAUGUUCUAAUGGGUGAUGAAAUGUAUAUCUCUCAAAACCUUGUAUUUCAAAAAUCAACCUGA